AUGUCUCCAACCACCCGGCGCGCAGCGUCCUCUCACACACCCCAACCCAACCUCUUUACCACUCCCAUUGCGUCGUCCUCCAAGCACGCCUACACCACCCAGCACACACCUCAGAGCACACCAAUCGCCCCCCUCCGCGCGUCAAAGGUCAUUGCCGCGUCUGGCCCUGGCCCACGGUUGUCGUCUGGCGCAUCGUCGUCGCUCCCCCCCAGCACACACGCCAACGCUGUUGCAAGCUCCAGUCGCAUCCGUGUUCGUGUCUCAUUCUCUCCCCAGCUGGCACACACAAAACUCUUCCACUCCAACGACCCCCUCGUUCCUUCAUCUAGCAGCUCCAACCCAAACGACGCCCCAUCUUCCGACUCGCCCUGCCACGACCUGCGUUGCGCCAGCCCGUCGCUGCGUAGUAUCCUGAAGGCCAAGGCGUAUCCCAUCCGACUGGCAAAGUCGGUCAACGAGGGCACGUGGAAUAACCGCGAGCCUGCACGCCUCAUCGUCACCGGUAGCAAACCGAGGAAUACACGGGGUACCAUGGUCCUGGCAGAGCUGUGCGAUGGGGCCGAAGACGGCGUCAUGGGCAAACCAACAUCCGACGACAUUGAGCCUCCCUCCGACGACUCGAACACUGGCGAGGGUGACGCUCCCGGGUCCGACGCCAGCGACGGGUCCGAGGAGGAGGAAGAGGUCGAGUGCUUGCAUCCCACAUCGCUCGUCGACGUCAUCUUGGAAGGUGCCGGCGACCUGUUGACGCUCGAGGAAGCGUACACAUCGUUGACCCUUCGCCUCCGCGAAUCAAUGUACGAGAUGGGACCCGCGACACUGUCAGCCCACGCGUCGUUUGACCAGGUGUAUCGACCCAUCCUCGACGAGGCCCCGGCCAUUGUCCGCGCCAUGCAGCGCGAUCUCCACCGUCUCAUGGGCCGCGUCCCAAACACCGAGACUGACCAGUCGUCGUCUCCCUUCCGUGGCCUGGUUGCCUCGAGCCCUUCCCAGUACCCUCCAUCGCCUGUAAAGUCGCCCAGGAAGGGCUACACUGCCGCCGAGGUCAUGUACCGUCGCGAGGCGGCGGGUGUGGGCUGCUCAGUCCUCCGCUUCCUCGCGUGCAUCCUCAACUCGCCCCGCAUGUUUGUUUGCUUCACCGAGGCCGACCUCCUCGCGCUCCUAGACCAGGUUCUCGUCAUCUUCCGUUCGCCCAGCCUCCCUACCCCUUCGCCAAAGCGUACCUACACCCUCGCCAUGAUUGUGCUGUCGCAGCUCAACCUUCCUGCUGCCUGGGUGCGCCCGAUGGAGAAGAAGGUGGUCGCAUCGGUCGAGCUUGCCCUCAACUCUGUUGGCUUGGGCCAAAAUGCCAUCAAGGAUCCCUCGCCUAUUCGCAAGGAGGCAUUCAAUGCCAUGGCCAACCUGCUCGCCGCGUACCCCGAUGUCUUCUUCUCGUCAUACCAGAGCCUGCUGCCCAUCUGUCUGCGCAGCUUGGCCCACAACAACCCUACCGUCCGUCGGUCGGCAUCGGCUGCGGCCGCGGCAUUUGUCUCGUCCAAGCUUCGUCUCCUUGAGAAUGCCGACUUGAAUCGCGCCGACACGUCCGAGUGGACCAAGACGCGUGCCAUGGUCGCCAAGAGCGAGACCUUUGUCUCCAAUUUCCUCAAGGCGCCGCUCAAGGUCGCUGGCAAGCUGGUCUAUGACAGCAACGGCGACAAGAAGACCGAGUGGAGCCCUCUCCAGAACAUGUUCCGACAGACUGUUGGGAGUGCAGACGAAGUCGCAUGGGCAUGCUCGACCUGGGCUAUGCUCGUGAGCUUGAUGGGCCACGCAUACAACACAUCGUCGCAGGUGCAAGAAAUCGACCACAUCAUGGACCGCUCGCUGCAACCCUCCACCAACUCUGUCCGCCCAACCCUUGCUUCCGCCGCAUGGCAGCAUGCCAUAUAUGCCUACCUCCAGGCCGGCAGCUCAGUCACUGUCACGGACGACGCCCGCAUUGUGCGGUCAUACAAUGCGUUCGCCGCGUCGUCCCAGCAGGACGUUGCCUCGCGUCUCAAGGCCAUUCUCCUCCCUGCCAACCUCGCGCUCAAGCAGGCCAAUGACUCCAUCAACUUUACCCGCUCCCUUGUGGCUCAUGCCGAGUUUAACGGCGAACAGCGCUGGAGCUGGCAGCGUGGCGAGAAGAACAAAAGGCUCGCUUGGAUGGUCACUUGCGGCAUGUCUGCGCCUGCCAUGGUGUACGCAUACACUGUCGUCGCUCUCUCGCACGAAGACGUCCCUGCGCGCGAGGUGUCGCGGGUAUCGGGGUUGCCCAGCUCGGACGGCAUGGUCAACGACCAGAGCCCCGAGGAGCGCAGCAUGCCCCGUCUCGACAGGACUUUCGAGUUGAUCCUCAACCCCUUGCUCAAGCAGUUCUUCAGCAUCAACGGCGUCGACCUUCUCAAAAACCAGGGCUGGCAGAUUCUGGAGGCCAUCACCGCUCCCGCCCCUGCCACCGGCUUGUCGGUUCCCCCGCUCGAGCGUCUGCUGUUCAAGCGUUACCUGAGUGGCGAAGUGUUGGGCCUCGACAAGGUCACACCAGAGGUCAUUCGCAUGUUCGAGGCCGACCAGAUCAAGGCCUCUGAGAUUCCAGCCUGGGGCAAGGCCUGGGUUUCCAUGCGUCUCGGCAAGCUCCUGUCUCUCUUCCAGGAUGCGUUUGACGGUAUCCGCGGUAUCAGCGACCUCGCUGCAGUGGAGUGGGUCACCAACGCCGACGGUCUGGUUAUCCUCCCAGCCACCCUCUCGCGCGUGUGGGCCAACCUUCUCCGCGCGCUCGCCGCCAUCAACACCCCCGACUCGCCCAACCCGCUCUUCCCCUUUGCACUCAAGUUCAUUACCCAGCAUAUUCUCAACAUCUUUACACGCGACCCCGCGUCGUUUGUGCCCGUGUGCCUCCUCAAUUCGAGCGGCAAGUCGACGCUCAACUCGGACGCGGUCCGCCUCGGUGUCACGCUUCACCUAUACAACACUGCCACCGAGGUCCUCGGCGAGGGAGUGUUUAGCACCACCCGCAUCGACGUCCAGGUUCGCCCCGGCGAGGUGCAGCCGGCCUUUAUCGACAAGGCAUUCGGCAACCCCACGCCUGCCGGAUGUAUCCUUGGCCAGGUCCUGCGCUCCAAGCUCUUCACCUCGCCCAUGGAGCCCAAGGUCCGUUCUCUCUUCCAGUCGCUCAUUGGCACUCUGCUCGCAGACGGCUCGGCGCGCGAGGUCGGCACCCGUCUCCUUGGCGAAGUCACCAACGGCAUGCCAUGGAUCUUUGAGGCCACCGAGGAGAUGCACCUUGACGUGUGGCGCCUCGUGGCCCUCAAGUGGGCAGAUGUCAUCGACCUCCAGCCAUCGGACACAGUCUCGCAAACCAACCACACUGGGUCGCUCCUCGUCUCGCUCCUCUCGUGCCCCUUCCGUUCACGCGACGCCGCUUCGGUCUGGUACUCGGCUGCCCCUGUCGAGGCCCUCGAGGCGUGGGACGCACUGCUAAAGGUCACCGUCCUCCGUUUCCGUGCCAGGCGCGCAGGAUCCAACUUGGGGGUGCUGGAGACUCUCUCGGCCCACCUUGGCGACUUUAUCCGCGUCGACAACGACGACGAGGACAGCGAGGCGACCCGCAAGAGGCGUGCGAGCGCUACUGCUCUCCACUGCCUGGCUGCGGGUACCAGCUGGAUCACACUGGUCCCUACCGAGCACUACCACGCCUCGCACUUUUCCAUCAACGAAAACUAUGUCCCCUCCGACUUCUUCGCCCUUGUCGACCAAGCCCUGUGCGACGCGUACAGUCUUGACGUGGCUCCUGCCGCCAAGCUCAUCGACAGCCUCACCACCCUCUUCUCUGCUCUCCCGCCCGACUCGGUCGCCGACGUCCUCGACCCGCUCCGCCCCUCUCUCCGCGCCUGGAUGGGUGACGCCGAGUGCCGCAUCUCGGGCGACCUCGGUGACGCCGUUGACAACCUGUACAUUGCUGUCCUGGGUGCGCUCACCCGCGCCAUCGAGGCCGGCGCCAUCGAAGCCUCCAGCGAAGCCAUGGACGCGUACAUUGACAUGUACGCUCCUCGCCUGUCCCGCGCUCAGAGCCGCGUCGUCCCACUGGCGUUCCGCGACAUGUGGCACCGCGCGUUCCAGCCUCUCGGUGCGGUCGAUUACAGCGACGACGUGGCCGGCUUCCUCCAAGACGUCCUCACCGCCGUCCCUGGCCUUGUUAUCGCCGAGGGCCUCGAGAGCCUCGACACCGAGUCGCAGAGCAUCUACCCAUACGCUGAGACUCUGGAGCCCGUCCUCCGUGCGGCUGAGCCGGAGAUGGUCGUUGAGGCUACUCCUGAGCCUGUCGAGCCAGUCGAGCCCCUUGAGGUCAUGGAGGAGGUGUCGGAGGAGAUCAAGGACGUUGUCGAGGACAGCAUCGAGGAGGUUGCCGAACCUGAGCCCAUCGAGGUUGAAGAACCUGAGGAGCCCAUUGAGGUGCCUCCUCCCGUCGUCUCGGCGCCCAACACCCGUCGCCGCCGCCGCAACGCCCCCGAGGCGGACGACCUUGAGAUCAUUGACGCGCCGCCUUUGGUCGCGCCCACGCCCAGUACCCGCCGUCGCCGUAACGUGGCUGCCGAGGUCCCUGCCGCGCCCGAACCCCUUAUUCCUUCGGUCGACUACGACGCCGACGUCUCGCAGAACACCAAGGCUACUCGUCAGCGCCGCAAGAGCGAGCUCAUCCCCCAGUCGAGCUCGCCGGUGGAGGCUGUCGCUGCCACCGACGAUGUCUUUGGUCCUGCCGCGAUCCCAGCAGCACGCCGCCUCCGUCGCAAGACUCGCCGUUCCAAGUCGGACGCCAAUGUGGCGGCUACCCCAGUCGCUCCGUCAUCGCCCUUGCUGGUGCCCACAUCGACUCCCGUUGUGGCUGCUGGUGACGACACGAUCAUUGCCGAGACGGACAUUGAGUCGCCCGAGGCCGACGCCGACGCCGAGCCAUUCCACACGCCCACGGCAACGCCUACGCCCAGCCAGGCCGAGCGCCCAAGCUUGUUCUCUUCGGCAUCCCGCUGGCUCCGCAAGGUUCCCUCGCUGGGUGUCCUCUUCAACGCCCAGCAGCAGCACGAGCACGAAGCGGAUGUUGCGGUCCCUGCGUCGUCGUCCGAACCUGACGCCGCCUCUCUCGCGACCAAGCAGCGCCGCAAGCGCCGUCGUGAGAGUGCGUUCGACGAGGGCAUUCCGGAGGAAGUCACUGUUUCGCGCAACGCCUCGCCCAGCCCUCCUGCGCGGGACGGUCUGUCCCCGACGCAGUUGGCCACCCCUGUCGUCCCGGCCGCCGCGUCUGGACGCGCCACCCGUUCGGUUUCUCGCCGCAAGCGCACCGCCGCCGCCGAAGAGCCUCCCAGCACUGCUACGGCACGCGGCAAGCGCACCCGCCGUCGUACCCGCUCUGUCCAGUCCGAGGAGGAAGAGGACGAAUUACUCCUCUCGCCCCAGAGCGCCGCCGAGCAGCGUCGCGAGGAGGAGCUGUCCAUCGCGCACGCCGCCCAGGUCCUCGAGGCCGCAGCCGCAGCCGAGGCGUCCGAGAGCGGCAUGUUUUCCGAUGCUCCAGGCGACACCACCGUGACGCGUACGCCCGUGCGUCGCGGCACCGCGGCCCUCCGCCGGUCGUCGCGCUCCACGAGCGCGUCGUCCGAGGCCUCGGCAGUCGUCCCGGCCGCCGACGAGCAUGACGCCGCGCCCGCAGAGCCGGACCACGACCACCUCCUCCCCUCGCCAUACCGCCGCACAGCGACGCAGGCGCGCGUCCUCGCCAUGGUUCAGGAGGCCUCCAACAACGAGGCCGCCAUCGCCAACAUGGACAUUGAGGGCGUCACCGAGCUCAUGGCCAACUUGGACAGACUGCGCAAGCUGGCCGAGGCGAACAUUGUCGCGCGGGCGCAGGAGGCGAGUGAGGCGCGGCGCAGGAAGAGGCAGAGGGUGGAGUAA